AUGGCAGACAAAAAGGCCCUCAUCGUGGCCCUCUCAGGCUGCUCUUCCAGCGGCAAGACAACACUCGCCCGGCUGCUGCGCGACAUCUUCCCCAGCACGUUUAUCUUGCACGAAGAUGACUUUUACAAGCCCGAGACUGAGCUCCCGAAGAAGCAUGAUCUCCUCGACUGGGACUGCGCAGAGUCUAUAGACAUUCCCGCCAUGGCCGAGGCUCUCUCUUACAUCCGCCAACACGCCGCUUUUCCACCGACUCUAGACUCUUACCAAGACAAGAACUCCGUCGGCGAAUGCCCCGUGCCCCCUUCCACCAUCUCCGCCCUCAAAGCCAAAGUCUCCUCCCUCCUCCCCUCAACCCACCCCCUGAGCACUUCCACCCUGCAUCUCUGCAUCCUGGACGGCUUUCUCCUCUACCCGCCCUCCAUGGCCGCCAUCCAGCCCCAUCUCGACAUCAAAAUCUUUCUGCGCGCCUCAUACGCCAAAGCCAAGGCCCGCCGUGAGGCCCGCGACGGAUACGUCACGCUGGAGGGCUUCUGGGCCGACCCGCCGGGAUACGUCGACAAGAUUGUCUGGCCAAACUACGUGGCAGAGCAUUCGCACAUGUUCCAGGACGGGGAUGUGGAGGGUGAGUAUAAGGCUGAUGUGCUGGAGCGAGAGGCGAUUCGGGUGCCGAGUGACAAGGGCGUGGAUGGUGACAUGGACAAGAUUCUGGAAUGGAUGGUGGAUUUGAUAUUAGAAGAGCUGAAGCAGCAUGCUUGAUGCUUUUAGACAAGUUACCCAGCACCCUAAUCUACUAUCCAACAUCUUGGCUACUGCCUCUACAGCCUCUACUUCUAAGUGUAUAUGGCAGUUCAAUUUUUGUGCUUAUAUGGACUGGUAUAGUUGGGAUGCUGGACAACUUUUCUCUUAUAGACCAGACUUGAACAAUAGAUGAUUAAGAGGCCCCCUAUUGCUUACCCUUCUAUAUAAUCGAAUAAAAGAUGUGAGCAUCGCUCUCGAAAUGAAGUAUGGUGUCUAUCUAAUCAACCAAUCUAGCAUAUAAGACGACAACUCUCAUAUAGCCCCCUUUUAUACAUCCUAAAACAAAGUACCUUCAACAACAACAUUCCCACACAACCACAAAACGCUCAUCCACAAACAUCAUUCAAUCCCCCUCCCCCAUCACCACAUCCCCCUCCGCAUCCCUCCUCCUCUUCUCCUCCUGCAAAAUUCUCAACGCCUCCGUCGCGGCCUUGGUCUUAAUCUCCUCCUUGUUAAUACCCCCCCUCACCUCCACAACCACCCUCUCCCCAAUCACGACCUUGCAAAAGAACUCCUUAUCCCCCGGCGACUCAACCACAUCCUCCGUAUGGAAGUCAUACACCACCGUCUCCGAAUUGGCCCACUUGCCCAGCUGCUCCUUUGGAUGCUGCACAUGUACCUUGUCACGCAGCAGCCGCUCCAGGUACUUCAUCAGCCCAAACUGCGCGCAUACAGCCCUGCACGCCUCAAUCGACCCCGAAUCCACCCAUACGGCGCCAAGCACAGCUUCAAACAAAUCAGAGUAAAACUUCUUCGGGUUCAGCGCCGCCAGCAGAGCCCAUGGAUAGUGCGCGC